UUUUAUCGUUGCCCCACCCUGCCACAUUCUGUCCACCCCCUUCGCUACCACCGUCUAAAUAAAGUCACCCAACAGUACCGAAAUGACUACACAUCCUUUGUCAUCUUGACCGACCCAAGCGAGCUAAAGCUCCUAUUCACGAUGGAAACAGCACAUCAUCCGAUGAGAACUGAGUAUGAUCCCCAUUUGUCUUUUUGCAUAGUUCAAAUGCCCGAUUGGUUCACUCGUUCACGUGCCGCCAAGACGACAGCAUCAGACUGCCAACCACUUUUCCGCAUCUUUUUCAUUGCCGAUCAUAGUCGUCAUAAGUUGCCAGACUCAGACUUCAUAUAUCCUCCAAUUCAUAGCCCCAACUAUGAACUGGUUUGUAUGAACUUUUAA